CUACGGAUGCCGAGUGGAGCGAAGGCCGGGAUGUGUCUCCUGCUGGGGGCCACGGGCGUCGGGAAGACGCUCCUGGUGAAACAACUGCAGAAGUUGAGCUCUCGGGAUGGGAAGGCCGACCUGGGGGUGCCGCCCCCAACACGGCCCACGGUGGGCACCGAUCUUACUGACAUCGUGGCUCAAAGAAAGAUCACCAUCCGCGAGCUAGGGGGGUGCAUGGGCCCCAUCUGGCCCAGCUACUAUGGAAACUGCCAUUCUCUCCUGUUCAUGAUGGAUGCCUCUAACCCCACCCAGCUCUCUGCAUCUUGUGUGCAGCUCUUGGGUCUCCUUUCUGCAGAACAACUUGCCGAAACAUCAGUCCUGAUACUCUUCAAUAAAAUUGACCUACCCUGUUACAUGACCAUGGAGGAGAUCAAGUCAUUAAUCAGGCUCCCAGACAUCAUUGCUUGUGCCAGCCAGAAUAUCACCACGGCAGAAAUCAGUGCCUGGAAUGGCACUGGCUUGGCAGGAGUGCUGAGCUGGCUCCAGAACACCCAAAGAAUCAACAGUUGACUACAAGGCAAAGAAAUGUGGCUGGUCACAUUGUGGAAAGGAGUGUUCCUUGGUCGGCUGUGGAUUGCAGAGCUUAUUGCCACCUCUACCUUCACAUGGGCUCUCCUGUGUCUCUAUGUUCUCUCCUCUUCUUACAAGGAUAUCUGUCACUGGAAAUCCAGAUGAUUCAUAAUUACAUCUGCAAAUGCCCGUUUUCCAAAUGAGGUCACCUUUGCUUAUUCUGGGGGUUAUGACUUGGACAUACCUUUUGGGGGCCACUGUUUGACCUACAACAAUUGAACAAGAAACACUGGAGUCCUGAGA